AGCUGACUCGGUCACCUGGAAUCCACAUAAAUUGAUGGGCGCCCUAUUGCAAUGCUCUACCAUACACUUUAAGGAGGAUGGUCUAUUGAUUAGCUGUAAUCAGAUGUCAGCCGAGUAUCUUUUCAUGACCGACAAGCAGUAUGACAUCAGCUACGACACCGGCGACAAGGUCAUCCAGUGCGGCCGGCACAACGAUAUCUUCAAAUUGUGGCUACAGUGGCGCUCCAAGGGCAAUGAGGGAUUCGAGCGUCAGCAGGACCGUUUGAUGCAACUUGCCGAGUAUCAAGUGAAGCGCAUCAAGGAGCAGUCAGAUCGCUUCCAUCUGAUACUCGAGCCAGAGUUGGUGAAUGUUUCUUUCUGGUAUAUACCAAAGCGUUUGCGCGGCGUUCCACACGAUAAGAGGAAGGAAGCUGAAUUGGCAAAGAUUUGUCCCGUCAUCAAGGGGCGCAUGAUGCAGAAGGGUACAUUGAUGGUCGGCUAUCAGCCAGACGAUCGGCGGCCAAAUUUCUUCCGUUCGAUCAUCUCGUCUGCCGCAGUGACCGAGCAGGAUGUUGAUUUUAUGUUGGAGGAAAUGCAUCGGUUAGGUGACGACUUGUAAAGGAACACACACAAAAUGAUCGGACGCCGCUGGUUCAGCUCACUUACAUACAUACUUACAUAUGUAUGUAUGUAUGUAUGUAUGUGAGUGUACAGUUGCAAUCCCAAGCAGUGCUACAGGCUGGGACCUAUGGAAGGAGGUGGAGGUGGAAAAAUUAGUUCAAUUAACGAAAAAUCAAGCAGACGAAAAACGCAAACAAGCAACAAAACAAACAAAAAAAAAAUGUUAGAAAAUAUUAGAAAUUAUUAUUUAGCAAAAAAUCUACAUAUAUCAACCAAGAACUAUCUUUAAGGUAAAAGCAUAUCAAAAGAAUGUUGUUGGCGCUCAAGUGGCGCAUCCAUUUUCAUUAUACAUUUAGUAGCUAUAUACAUAUAUAUAUAUAUAUAUAGUUGUUAUCAUUAUCAGAUCAGAUGUAUACUCACGCACUUAAGCACUUAAGCAAGUACAUACAUACAUAUGUACUUGUGCGCUGUCAAGUUUGUUAAGUAUUAACGAAUUCUUUUUAAUUAACUGUUUUAACUGUUGUUGUUAUUGUAUGCCUGAGACUUUAAUCACUGUUUCGUUUGUGUGCUAAACACGAGAUAAACUACAUAUAUUUAAAAAUAGGAAAAAUAAACUUAUACAUACUCGGUAAGUUUAAAAUGUAUACAUUCUAAUGAAUCGCAGAGCAGGUGGAAAGAAGAUGGAAAUGCAGAUGGAGAGAUGGGAUGGAUAGGGUAGAGGAGCACAUCUCAAAAGAGCAUCGAUAAAUCCCCGACCUCGUUGUCAAUUACAUUUAGUCAGAGACGGUGCAAAUGCCGCACAGAGUCUGCUCGCACAAUUGUUCGUGUGAGUCUGAGUGUUCUGUAGGUCAAUUGCACCAGACAGCAGUAGAAAAUUAAUUUUAACUACGCACAUUCAUAUAUAAAUAUGUACAUACAUACUAUGUAAAUGAAAUAGGAAAACAACUGUAUGUACAUACAUACAUACAUAUGUAGUACAGAUAAUUAGCUG